AUGCCCAGAAUUUCGCCACUGCAGCUGCAGCUGGUGCUGCUGGUACAGGGGCAGCAGGGGCAGCAGGGGGAGCGCCCUCUCUCCGUGCUCGUAGAGCCACGGGCAUUGCCCCCAUCACCACCCGUUUCACUCGCACCUCCUCCGACUUCUCCCUUGCUGCUCUCACACCCCCACCCAAACCUCUCCCUCUCCUUUCCUUCCCCACUCUUCCCCUCCCUUCUCCCUCUUUCCCUCUCUUCCCCGCGCAGCAAGCCCCUGGACCUUCCAACACUAAAGUCCGCCCUUCAUGCCCAAAAUUUCGCCACUGCAGCUGCUGUGGGUGCUGCCAGCGCUGGUGCAGGGGCAGCAGGGGGAGCGCCCUCGCUUCGGGCCCGUAGAGCGACAGGCGUCACCCCCAUCACCACCCGUUUCACUCGCACCUCCUCUGACUUCUCCCUUGCUGCUGCCGCAUCUGCUAGAGGGAACAUCAGCACUACCCCCACCAACCAGAGUAAUUCGACCAACGUAACCGGCAGCAGCACAGGCAGCGAACCUCCCACUGAAAGCCCUACGGCCCAGCAACCGCCUCUUCUUUCCCCUCCUUGUUCUGACGCCUCUCCUCCCUCUAACCUCAUCAAGACUCUCAGCAGCAGCAGCAGCAGCGCCAGCAGCACGGGUUUCUUGUCCCAGGACCAAUCGGGGCACUUGAGUGCUGCUGCUGCUGCCGCCGCCGCUGCUGCCGCUGCCGCUGCUGUUGGUGGUGGUGCGUCUGGUGGUCUCUGGCCUAUGCAUUCCGGACCCCUUCCCUCCACAGCGGCUUCUAACUCACCCUACGCAUCCCCAUACACUUCCGGUUACAUUCCCCAUAACGCAUAUGCUUAUAACGCGGUUGGUUCUUCUUCCUUCUCUGCCUCUCCCUCCUCCUCGUCUGCCUCCCCCUAUGCGCGCCCCACUCCCCCCCGCAUCACCAUCCCUAUCCAUCCGGACGAGGACGACGCCGAGUCUGACGCCAACGACCUCCCGAACCUGACUCCAGGUUCGGCAGCCAGGUCCGGGGGCGCCAAGCCUGUGAAUCAUCCGGGGCAGGAGGCUCGGUCGUCUACGGGGAGGGAAGCAGGGGGGGCAGGAGGGGGAGCAGGAGGGGCAGCAGGAGGGGCAGCAGGAGGGGGGGUGGGGGGAGUGGAUUGGCGGGUUGCGUUUAGCGAGUGGGGGGAGUGGUUACCAGUGGCAGAGAUUGGCUGGUUACGCAAGAUGGCCACACGGAUCGUUGCGAUUGGUGGGCUCACUCGCUGCUGUGCUAGAUAUUGCCACUUCGAUCAUUGCAUUGCACACUCAUCACCCACGCCACGCCACGCGCUCUCCUCCCAUGCUUCUGCCCGCCCUCCCAUCCGCCUUGCGUCCUUCCUGUCUUCCGUCUUCCGCAGCGCCGCCCGUGGCCCGAGCAUAGCGAGUGGCACGGCUUGUCUUGACCUGAAGGAGCGCAGCGUUGCUGAGCUGGAGGCCAUGCCGUGGAGCCAGCUGGAGCCCACCAUCAAGACGUGGCUGAGAGACGCCAACAUACUGGUAGAGGCCAUGCCGUGGAGCCAGCUGGAGCCCACCAUCAAGACGUGGCUGAGAGACGCCAACAUACUGCUGGAGGCCGUGCCGUGGAGCCAGCUGGAGCCCACCAGCAAGACAUGGCUGAGGGAUGCCAACAUACUCAAACGCCUUCUCUGCGAGGCAGUCCUAGAGGACGCCCCGGAGCUCAAUCUUUACGCACCCCUUCCCCCCACCUUACCCCCGUCUCCCUCUCUUUACCCGUUCCCUCGUUUCCCCCUCAACAUACCAGAUCCGUGUGCUACUAGAGGGAGAGCGCCUCCUCUGCGAGGCAGCCCUAGAGGACGCCCCAGAGCUCAAUCCGUGUGCUACUGGAGGGAGAGCGUCUCCUCUAUCCGUGUGCUACUGGAGGGAGAGCGUCUCCUUUGUGAGGCAGUCUUAGAGGACGCCCCAGAGCUCGAUGCGGGCGGCGUCUAUCGGCAGCUUCUGUCGGCGUCGCUGUGCGUGGAGGGCUCGGUCGGCAAGCUGGCCGGCACGGCUCGUUCCAUUGCCGGGCUGACGCGGUCCCCUGAGAAAGUCUUUAGCUUCAUGGAGAUGUUCCGAGCGGCGACAGGGCUGAGGGAGCAGGUGAGUGUGAUGGUAGGGAAGGGAAGCAGGGCUGAGGGAGCAGGUGAGGUGCAAUCCGUGCUGAUAGCAGCGGCAGGGGCGGGAGGAGGUUCUCUGUGGCCGCAUUGGCAGGCCCUCCCUGCCCUCCUCGCCUGUGCCGUGCAAUCCGUGCUGAUAGCAGCAGCGGGGGUGGGAGGGGGUUCCCUAUGGCCGCAGUGGCAAGCCCUCCCAGCCCUCCCAGCCCUCCUAGCAUGUGCCGUGCAAUCCGUGCUGAUAGCAGCAGCAGGGGUGGGAGGGGGUUCUUUAUGGCCACAGUGGCAAGCCCUCCCAGCGCUUCUAGCAUGUGCCGUGUUCGAGACAAUAGACGAGCUCAACAGCACACUGAGACACGUGGAUGGACUGACUCCGGCGGCUAUGCCCUCGCCUGUCGCUCCUAAGAAGAAGCUUCUAAGCAGCAGCACGCUGAGGGAUGUGCAUGGGCUCACCCCAGCUGCCAUGCCCUCUCCCCGGCCGCCUCACCCCAGCUGCCAUGCCCUCUCCCCGGCCGCCUCACCCCAGCUGCCAUGCCCUCUCCCCGGCCGCCUCACCCCAGCUGCCAUGCCCUCUCCCCGGCCGCCUCACCCCAGCUGCCAUGCCCUCUCCCCGGCCGCCUCACCCCAGCUGCCAUGCCCUCUCCCCGGCCGCCUCACCCCAGCUGCCAUGCCCUCUCCCCGGCCGCCUCACCCCAGCUGCCAUGCCCUCUCCCCGGCCGCCUCACCCCAGCUGCCACGCCCUCUCCCCGGCCGCCUCACCCCAGCUGCCACGCCCUCUCCCCGGCCGCCUCACCCCAGCUGCCACGCCCUCUCCCCGGCCGCCUCACCCCAGCUGCCACGCCCUCUCCCCGGCAUGAUAAUUUCCUGGAAGGCGCAGGAGGUGAAGAGCCAGAGCGGGGAGGACGUGGACGUGUCGGUACACGCGGUUACCAGCUACGUGGUCAACUACAUAGGGCAGCUGUUGGACAGAACCUCUCGAGCCAACGACUGCGCUGUGCUGGAGGAGAUCUACCGGAGCCACGGGGCUGACCAUUUGAAAGAGUCCAGCAGCAGGCAGCAACUGCUCGCCCCCUUUUCCCUUGUGUCCCUCUCACCACCCUCAGAACUUCCCGUGCCAACUACUGUGCUAACUUCCCGUGCCAACUACUGUGCUGUGCUGGAGGAGAUUUACCAGAGCCACGGAGGGAACACAUUUCAAUCUCCCCUCAUUCCCCCGCUCUUCUUCCACCCAUUCCUCUCCAUACUUCUUAUUCCGUCCCCCAGAACCUCUCGCGCCAACUACUGUGCUGUGUUGGAAGAGAUUUACCAGAGCCAUGGGGCCGACCAUUUGAAAGAGCCCAGCAGUAAUAGCAGCAGCAGCAGCCAGCACCCCGGCCAUGCGCCACAGACGCCCGUGCAGGGAGCUGCAGGGACGCCCAAGGAAGCGGCACCUCUCCAAUACGCUGCUCCUGCUGCUGCUGCUGCUGCUGCUGCUGCUGUUGCCACUCCAGAUGUCCCGUCCAACUUUCCUACUGCCCUAGAGUCUGCUCCUGCUGCCGCUGCCCCUGCUGCUGCCACUGCUGCUGCUGCUGCCGCUGCUGCUGGAACCCCCAAGGAAAAGGCUCGGGAUAGCCAGAAUGCUCUUGGCGGCGGUGGCGGCAGCAGCGGUGGUGGUAGUACUAGUGGUGGGAGGAAGGGCAGGGGGGUGGGUGGGCGGCAGAGGAAGAGGCAGCUGGGGGCGGACAUGGAGGCACUGUUGGAUGCGCUCUAUUUCAACAUGGAGGCACGCGGGAGGACUAUCGCAGAUGGCCCUUUGUCUGCACUGUUUGUUCUCAACAACGCCAACUACAUCGCUUCUUCCAUCUCCUCCGGUCGAAUGCGGGACGCCAUUCGCCACUCAGACCGCCUGGCAGACUACGAGUCCGCCUUUGAGAGAGCAGCACUGUGCAAGACUACGAGUCCGCCUUUGAGAGAGCAGCGCUGUGCAAGGUAUGUAGGGGAGUGUGCUGCUUUGAGAAGGCAGGUCUGCGAUUGUUCUCCCCCCCUCCGCCACUCAGACCGCCUGGUAGACUACGAGUCCGCCUUUGAGAGAGCAGCGCUGUGCAAGCUGCUGGCGUGCUUGGAGCCAUUGGAAGUGAGUGCCAAGAUGAGUGGGGACGGCGUGAAGCAGCGUCAAAUUUGGCUGUAUGCAUGCAAGAAUGUCAUUGUCUCCCCAUCCACCUCGCUCAUCCAUCCUCUCGCCCAUCUUUCCGAAUCCCCAUCCACCUUCCGGCUCCCCAAACCCCGGGGUUUGAAGCGGUUCAAUGCGGUGUUUGAUGAGGAGGUGGCACUGGAGCAGCGGCUGCGGCUCGAACUGUUAUGCUUGCAUGCCCCUAUCGAUGCCUCGCUUCAUAACCACAUAUACGCAUGCUCCACCAUCCCGUGCAGUUUGAAGCGGUUCAAUGCGGUGUUUGAGGAGGUGGCACUGGAGCAGCGGCGGUGGCUCGUGCUCAGCGACAGCUGUCGCAAGGCCAUGCGCGUGCGGUUCGCCAAGGUCAUCAAGGGAUCCUAUAUGGACUUCCUCACUCCCCACAGAUCCCCCGGUUCCCCCGGUCCGCUUCUUCCGCGCGCCAUGUCUUCCGCCAAGGCCGCUGGAUCUCUGCUCCGCUUCAUCCCGCCGUCGUACCUUCCGCAGCGGAUGGAUGUACGGAGCGCCGUUACAUGGGGAACGACAGGAGUCGUCGGCGCGCUGUGGCUGAUUCAGCCGGAGGACGACGAAGCACUGACAGGUCAGCCUGCGGCUCUUCCCGAUGACAUAGAAGUUGCAGACGCUUCCAGCGGCGCAGUCGGCGGCGGAAGCGGCGGAGGCGGCGGGAUAGGCGGAGACGGCGCAGACACGUAUUCGGACGAUUGGGAGGAUCCGCUUCCCGGCGACCACCCUAACGGGGAUGACACGAUAGUAGACACGUCAGAUGACGUCGAAGCGGACGUUCCGCCGGGAAAUGCGGCGAGCCGUGGCGUUAUUCCGGGUAACCGCAAACCAGGCGAUUUGGUGCCGGGGGAAGAGGAAGGGGAGGCGGAGGGGGGAGCGGGGAGGGGAGUGAAGGGGGGAGCGGAGAUGGGAGUGAGGGCGCAAGCGGAGGGGGAAGCGGAAGGGGGGGGAGCGGAGGAGUGGGAGGUGCAAGAAGAAGCGGCGGAGGAGGAGCCGGAAAACCCGUGGAUUGAAAACGGGAGGGGGGAAGGCUCUUCCGCCGCUGUGGCGCAAGCGCAGGACUACCAGCCGGGCGGGGAGGAUGGAUUUGCGAAAGGGCUGAGCGGAAAGGCGGAGGCGCAAGCGCAGGACGAUCAGACGGGCGGGGGAAAUGGUUUUGCGGAAGGGCAGAACGGAAAGGAGGAGGCGAAAGAGGAGCCGAGCAGCGAUUGGCCGGCGGGGGAAGCGGGGGAAAGCGCGGAACAGGAGGUCGGGGACGAGAGUGAGAGUGGCACUGCGACUAUCCAGGAAGCUGAUAACGGGUAUGGCGACACGGGCGGGACGUAUGAGCGGAAUGUGCCGGCGCAGGGGGGUGGGGGCGCGGAACAGCCCGCGCAAGGGGAGGCCUGGACCUUCGAGGAGGAUCAACCAGGGCAAGGCGGGCGGGAGCAAGGGGGGGCGAUGGGGGGACAGGUGGGGGGGGGAGAGCCCGGGGAAGGGGAAGGGGAAGGAGGAGCGGGAGAUGAGAGGGGGGACAAUAGCGAUUACUUUUUUCACGGGCAGGACCCAGAUGAGGAGGAAUGGCAGAAGCGGAAGCACAACUGGCAAAAUGCGGGUCCAAAUAGUGACUCUAACGACCCUAACGCUGCUGAUGACGCUAACGGGCCUAGUGACUAUAACGAAGCAGAGCAGACACAAACUUCUGGGAACCCCGCGGAUGCUAACCCUAAUGAUGGGAAUCCCGAUGACGAGCUGUUUUCUGACAACAAUCCGUCUAGUUCUGACGAAGCAUUUCCUGACAGCAGCAAUCCCGCCGCUCAGGACGCUGCUGCAGUUAAGACGGCAGACUCAGCUACCACUGGAUCAGGCUCGGAAGGAUCCGAACCUGCAGCUCUGGCGAGUAACAGUUACUCUGAAGGUUACCAGAAGAUGGCUGGCGGGCAGAUCAGCGCGGAGGGCAUCUUAGGGAUCGUGCUGGGAGUGACUCUGGGUGCUGGCCUAUGUCUUCUGGUAGUCUGUGUGUGCUGGGUGCGGCAACGGAACAUCAACCGGGCCAAAGAGUCUGAAGCCAUGACAGAAUACGUUGAUGACAGCAGCGAGGAAGAGGAUGAGGAGGGGUUGGAGGAAGCAGCAGACACAGCGCUCAUGGGAGGGAUAGUGGGAGCACACAGAGCCCUGGAUAUUGAGGCACAACAGGCAUUGAAGUCCUCCAAGCAUUGA